UUGAGCCCGCAUAUUAUUCCGGCGACUCGAUUCCUCAGAGUUACCCAAACUCGAACCGAGUAAAUGAACGUUGUUGUACUGGUUUAUGCAGAAGGUAAACAUUUUACAAACCAAAUGGUUGCAUCUGCAAGUUGAACUUCUCGGGUACCUCUGAUAAUCUCUCACUGACAGAAGCCGGACUCUGUGUUCUAAUUUGUUAUCUCUCUCCAUGUGAACCAGACGACCUAGACAGAGAAAGGAUGAACCUGCAACCUGUAUUUCUCUCUAAACCCCAAUGCCCCAAUCUCCAACUCACCAAGCCAUCCUCCUUCUCUCUCUAUGCACCCACCCGCACCACCUGGGCCCUGUCCACGCCCACUUGGUCAAGACCGCGCUCUCUCGAACCCCCACCUCCAUUGCCAAACUCCUUCGCUUUUUCUAUCUCUACCCCAAUCUCGAUAUCACCUAUGCUCUCUCUAUCUUCCAUAGCGUCCCUAACCCCACCACUUUCUCUCUCAACACCAUUAUCAGAGCGUUUACCCAGAGCUCAAACCCGAUUGAAGCGACCAAAUUCUAUGCUCAAAUGCACAGUAACGGCAUUCGACCUGAUACCCACACCUUCCCCUUUGUUCUCAAGGCCUGUGCUCUUAUGCGAGAGCUCGAUCUGGGAAGAAGCAUUCAUUGUCAAGCUGUGACAACAGGGUUGAGCUCUGAUAUAUUUGUUCAAAACACUCUGAUUCACAUGUAUUCGAGCUCUGGUUCUCUCGUUUUUGCUCAAAAGGUGUUUGAUGGAAUGGACGAGAGGGAUGCUGUCUCUUAUAAUGCUAUGAUUGCAUGUUUUGUUAGAACUGGAGGGAUGGAUUUCGCUAGGAAGUUGUUCGAUGAAAUGCCUGAGAGAAAUGUGGUGUCGUGGGGCACAGUUUUGGCUGGCUAUGCCCAGGUGGGUCAGAGUGAAGAAGCAUUGGAAUUGUUUGAUUCCAUGCUCCAUAGUGGUUUUAGGCCUGACAAUGUCGCUUUGGUCACUGCAUUAUCGGCUUGUGCUCAAUUGGGUGCACUAGAGAAGGGUAAAAUGGUCCAUGAUUAUGUUAAGAGGACUGACAUUCGGUUGGAUGUGUAUCUUGCGACGGGUUUGAUUGACAUGUAUGCCAAAUGUGGGUGUAUAGAAAGCGCGAGAGCGAUCUUUGAUGCGAGCUCUGAGAGGAAUGAUGCAACAUGGAAUGCGAUGAUAGUCGGGCUGGCCAUGCAUGGACAUGGAGAGCUCGCUCUUGAGUUUUUCGACAAGAUGCAAAAGGCUGGUGUAAAGCCCGAUGGGAUAACCUUUGUCGGGGUCCUAACAGCAUGCACGCAUGCUGGACUAGUGAACUUGGGUCGAACCUACUUCAACACAAUGGAACCUAAAUACGAAGUGGUUCGUGAGCUUAAGCACUAUGGAUGCAUGGCUGACCUUUUGGGCCGGGCCGGCCUCUUAGAUGAAAUCCACGAUAUGAUCAAGCACAUGCCCAAGAAGCCUGAUGUAUUUGUCUGGGGUGGUUUACUUGGUGGUUGUCGAAUUCAUAACAAUGUAAAGUUGGCAGAGAUUGCAGUGGAGCAUAUGCUAGAAUUAGACCCUGACGAUAGUGGUAUAUACUCAAUAAUGGCUAAUAUUUAUGCUUCGGCUCGACAAUGGGAUGAUGUUGCGAAAAUAAGAAAGAGAAUGUAUGGGAAGAGGGUGAGGAAGAUGGCUGGUUUUAGCUUGAUAGAGGUAGGUGGAUGUAGCCAUGAGUUUGUGGCCGGAGACAGACUACAUCCUGAUAUAGAUGAGAUAUAUGAGGUUUUGGAUGGGAUGAGGAAACAGUUGAAGGGUUGCUGGUUUUUUUGUUGAUUGUAGUUUGUGUUAGAGAAUUUUGGCUUUGAAGAUGAGGAAGAAGGCCUUUUAAGCGCCAAUGGGAAAUGAAAGGGCCUCUCGGAUUAUACAGCUUGUAGGCCCUGCUCCAUAACAAACAAAUCUUAUAUUAAUCAAGAAGAAUGACUUCCACACAUAAUUUAUGUAUUGAAUAAUGACUUGCAAGGCGUUAGCUUCUGAUUCAC